GCUGGCGCGCGGCGCGGAGCAAGAUGGCGGCGGCGGCGGCAGCUGGUGCGGCCUCCGGGCUGCCGGGGCCGGUGGCCCAGGGGCUGAAGGAGGCGUUGGUGGACACGCUCACUGGGAUCCUGUCCCCGGUGCAGGAGGUGCGGGCGGCCGCCGAGGAGCAGAUUAAGGUGCUGGAGGUGACGGAGGAAUUUGGUGUUCACCUGGCAGAGCUGACCGUAGAUCCUCAGGGGGCAUUGGCGAUCCGUCAGCUGGCAUCAGUCAUCUUGAAGCAGUACGUGGAGACUCACUGGUGUGCCCAGUCGGAGAGGUUCAGGCCUCCUGAGACCACAGAAAGGGCAAAAAUUGUCAUCCGGGAGCUAUUGCCCAAUGGCUUAAGAGAGUCGAUAAGCAAGGUGCGCUCCAGCGUGGCCUAUGCGGUGUCAGCCAUCGCUCACUGGGACUGGCCCGAAGCCUGGCCCCAGCUCUUCAACCUGCUCAUGGGGAUGCUGGUGAGCGGAGACUUAAACGCAGUCCACGGCGCCAUGCGAGUGCUUACAGAAUUCACUCGAGAAGUCACAGACACCCAGAUGCCGCUGGUUGCUCCUGUCAUUCUCCCAGAGAUGUACAAGAUCUUCACCAUGGCCGAGGUGUAUGGUAUUCGAACCCGUUCCCGAGCCGUGGAGAUUUUUACCACUUGUGCCCAUAUGAUCUGUAACAUGGAGGAGCUGGAGAAGGGCGCGGCCAAAGUCCUGAUCUUCCCUGUGGUGCAGCAGUUCACAGAGGCCUUCGUCCAGGCCCUCCAGAUACCAGACGGCCCCACGUCUGACAGCGGGUUUAAGAUGGAAGUCCUGAAGGCAGUGACAGCCCUGGUGAAAAACUUCCCAAAGCACAUGGUGUCCUCCAUGCAGCAGAUUCUGCCUAUUGUUUGGAACACCCUAACUGAGAGCGCAGCUUUUUAUGUGAGGACAGAAGUAAACUACACAGAGGAAGUGGAAGAUCCUGUGGAUUCUGAUGGUGAAGUCCUGGGCUUUGAAAAUCUCGUCUUUAGCAUUUUUGAAUUUGUCCAUGCUCUCCUAGAAAAUAGCAAAUUCAAAAGCACCGUCAAGAAGGCCUUGCCUGAGUUGAUUUACUAUCUCAUCCUAUACAUGCAGAUCACCGAGGAGCAGAUCAAAGUGUGGACAGCCAACCCCCAGCAGUUUGUGGAAGAUGAAGAUGAUGACACCUUCUCCUACACUGUCAGGAUCGCAGCCCAGGACUUGUUGCUGGCUGUGGCCACUGAUUUCCAGAAUGAGAGCGCAGCAGCCCUGGCCGCCGCAGCGACUCGGCAUUUACAGGAAGCUGAGCACACCAAGAAUGGCGGCACCGGACAUUGGUGGAAGAUCCAUGAGGCGUGCAUGUUGGCCCUCGGCUCGGUGAAGUCCAUCGUCACCGACAGCGUGAAGAGUGGCAGGAUCCCCUUCGACAUGCAUGGCUUCCUGACCAACGUCGUCCUCGCAGACCUCAACCUCUCAGUGUCUCCUUUCCUCUUGGGCCGGGCCCUUUGGGCUGCCAGUCGGUUCACUGUUGCUAUGUCCCCUGAAUUGAUCCAGCAGUUUCUUCAGGCAACAGUUAGUGGUCUUCAUGAGACACAACCCCCAUCAGUUCGAAUUUCUGCAGUGAGAGCCAUCUGGGGUUAUUGUGACCAGCUGAAAGUCUCAGAGAGCACCCACGUGCUUCAGCCCUUCCUCCCCAGCAUCCUGGAUGGCUUAAUUCACCUGGCGGCUCAGUUCAGCUCAGAGGUCCUCAACCUGGUGAUGGAGACCCUGUGCAUCGUUUGUACGGUAGACCCAGAGUUCACAGCGAGCAUGGAGAGCAAAAUCUGCCCCUUCACCAUCGCCAUCUUCCUGAAGUACAGUAACGAUCCUGUGGUCGCCUCGCUGGCUCAGGACAUCUUCAAGGAGCUGUCCCAGAUUGAAGCCUGCCAGGGCCCCAUGCAGAUGAGGCUGAUUCCCACCCUGGUCAGCAUCAUGCAGGCACCAGCAGACAAGAUCCCUGCGGGGCUCUGUGCGACGGCCAUUGACAUCCUGACCACGGUCGUGCGGAACACGAAGCCCCCCCUCUCCCAGCUGCUUAUCUGCCAGGCUUUCCCUGCUGUGGCCCAGUGCACCCUCCACACGGAUGACAACGCCACCAUGCAGAAUGGUGGUGAGUGCCUGCGGGCCUACGUGUCGGUGACGCUGGAGCAGGUGGCCCAGUGGCAUGACGAGCAGGGCCACAAUGGGCUGUGGUACGUGAUGCAGGUGGUGAGCCAGCUCCUGGACCCCCGCACCUCCGAGUUCACUGCCGCCUUCGUGGGCCGCCUCGUGUCCACCCUCAUCUCCAAGGCGGGGCGGGAGCUGGGGGAGAACCUGGACCAGAUUCUCCGUGCCAUUCUCAGCAAGAUGCAGCAGGCGGAGACGCUCAGCGUCAUGCAGUCCCUGAUCAUGGUGUUCGCCCACCUGGUGCACACCCAGCUGGAGCCCCUCCUGGAGUUCCUGUGCAGCCUCCCGGGGCCCACCGGCAAGCCUGCCCUGGAGUUCGUGAUGGCCGAGUGGACCAGCCGCCAGCACCUCUUCUACGGGCAGUACGAGGGCAAAGUCAGCUCUGUGGCGCUGUGUAAGCUGCUUCAGCACGGCAUCAACGCGGAUGACAAGCGGCUGCAGGACAUCCGCGUGAAGGGGGAGGAGAUCCACAGCCUGGACGAGGGCACCCGCACGCGCUCCAAGGCGGCCAAGAACCCUGAGCGCUGGACCAGCGUCCCCCUGCUGGUCAAGAUCCUGAAGCUGAUCAUCAGUGAGCUGUCCAGCGUCACGGAGGCCAACGCCGCGCGCCAGGCUGCCCCCGCAGAGUGGAGCCAAGAUGACUCCAGCGACAUGUGGGACGACCAGGAGGAGGACGACGACGACGAGGAGGACGGCCUGGCGGGCCAGCUCUUGUCCGAUAUUCUUGCCACGAGUAAAUACGAGGAGGAUUACUACGAGGAUGAUGAGGAAGACGACCCUGAUGCCCUGAAGGACCCUCUCUAUCAGGUCGAUCUGCAGGCGUACCUCACGGACUUCCUCUGCCAGUUUGCUCAGCAGCCCUGCUACGUGGUGUUCUCAGGCCACCUCAACGACCACGAGAGGCGGGUUCUGCAGACCAUUGGCAUCUGAAACGGUCCUCCUCCCACCCCGACGCACACCGUUUUGCGGCCCUCACUGGCCUUGAGAUGCACUUUCUUCUCAGCCGGGAGCGGCCUCUGCAGAGUGACACUGACAGUACAGACCAGGCUCACCAGUGCCAUCACCUAGGAAUGCUGGAACAAAGGAUGUUUCCCAAAGUACCCUGAAGAAGCCCGUCUCUGGAACCUUUUUGUCCCCAGCUGUGCCCACCUUUGCUCCUAGAGCCCUCUGCUGGCCGGGCCAGAAACAGUGCCCAGAAGGGUU